GACAAAGAACUUUUGGUACUGGCAAUCACAGUCUAUAAGUAAUUGCUAAAGGUUGAUAUGGGGAAAAAGCGUUCCAACCUUUCUGGUCUGUCCAGUUUUGUGGCCGUAGCAUUCAAAGAUUCGGGAGAUACAGCAAAGGGUAACGGACAUGGGCCCAUUAACGUGCUCGAAGGAAGUCGACCUGAAGUACAACGAGAGGAUCGACCGCAGAGCAAGAAGCGCAAGGUGGGGUUGCUAGGUGCUGGAUAUGAGAAAUACGAUGCCACAGGCCUUACUCCCCACUACACAAAUGCUCGUGAUGUUCCAGAUCACUUGCAAAAAUACUUUUCUCAAAGAAAACGAUAUUUCUCACUAUACGAAGAAGGCUGUCUGUUAGACGAGGAGGGGUGGUAUAGUGUCACUCCCGAACGCAUCGCCGACCAGAUUGCAGAACGAUGUCGGUGCGAUACGAUACUCGAUGCAUUCUGUGGUGUAGGAGGCAACGCUAUCGCGUUUGCAAAAACCUGCGAGAGGGUUAUCGCCUUAGAUACAUCACCUAUCAGACUGGCUUUAGCUCGCCAUAAUGCAGUGAUUUAUGGCGUUGCCGACCGCAUCGAGUUUAUCCUUGCCGACUACUUGUCAUUUGCUCGCACAUAUCUUUUUCAACCUAACAAAAGUCGCAAGAUUGAUGUCGUCUUUCUCAGCCCGCCAUGGGGCGGUCCGUCGUAUCUUUCCGCGUCGCCUUUAUCAGAUCCUGCUCAUAAAUCUAAAAGCGACGACCUAUCCGAGCAUGAACUAGCGGAGACAUAUCCAGAAUAUAGUCUUGCAUCUAUACAGCCUGUUCACGGUAGCGAAUUAUUCAAGCUUACCAGAAGAAUCACAUGCAAUAUCGCAUUCUUCUUACCUCGCAAUACUUCUCUCGAUGAAAUAUCUGGCCUCCUUAUACCGACUGUAUCGGGCGGUAGUGACAAAGCGCCUGAGAUGGUGGAGGUUGAAGAAGAGUGGAUGGGUUCGAAACUGAAAGCGUUGACAUGCUACUUCGGCGGACUUGUGGAUGGACAAUCCGACUUGUUCUAGACACAGUUUAUAUACGGUGUGCAGCCUAUUUGCACAUUACUCGCUUCCUUGAAGUGUCGCCAUCGGGCCCGACGGUUAACUCCCUCAUGCAAAGACCCCUACCAGCCGAUGUAGAGUGCGCUUCCUUGCUUCCAUCACAAUCAUUCUCUCGCUGUACAGGAGAUUAGGGCAUAACACAUGAG